AUGUCAGCACAAGAAGCUCGGUCUCAAGUAGUGAUCACUUCUGUCUGUUUACUUUCUCUGUUCCUUGGCGGCACAACUGCUGAUGUGCCGGGGCAGGAGAGCUUUAACACAGAGGCGUGGCUUCGUCAGUUCGGCUACCUGUCUCAAGCAAGCAGACAGAUGUCCACUAUGCAGUCAGCUCAGAUCCUGUCCCAAGCCAUCAGUGAUAUGCAACGUUUCUAUGGCUUGGAAGUGACUGGAAAGGCAGACGCCGCCACUAUAGCGGCCAUGCGUAAACCCCGUUGCGGCCUCCCUGACAAAAUAGCCACAGAUGACAGUGCGAGGAGGAAACGCUAUGCACUCACAGCACAACGGUGGGACAAAGACGACAUCACCUACAGUAUAUUGGACCAGCAAAUCCCAUCCUCCUUGGGAGCGGAGAGGACAUACGACGCCAUCCGCAGAGCCUUUGAUGUGUGGCAAAGUGCCACGGCGCUCACCUUCCGAGAGCUGCCAGCCAAACACGGCAACAGCAGCCAGGCUCAGCUUGCUGACAUCCUAUUGUUGUUCGCCUCUGGUUUUCAUGGUGACAUGUCCUUGUUUGACGGCGAGGGGGGCUCACUGGCCCAUGCCUACUACCCUGGGCCUGCGAUGGGUGGGGAUACACAUUUUGAUGCAGAUGAGCCUUGGACUUUGGACAGUCCAAACCACCAAGGUAUUGACCUCUUCCUGGUUGCGGUGCACGAGCUCGGUCACGCUUUGGGCCUGGAGCACUCUGAAAAUCCUAAUGCCAUUAUGGCUCCUUUCUACCAGUGGAUUCACACACAGAACUUCACACUGCAUGAAGAUGACAUCAAGGGAAUACAGCACAUUUAUGGACCCCCUCAUAUUACUGAGACUCCUCACACCUCUGGUGAGGAUCCGGAACAAGCAUUACCAACCUCCCCUUCUCCCCCUGAAGAGAAACCCACCCUUUCCCCAGUUGAAUCUGAACCUAACACCCCGAGUCCCAGCCCGAGCAGGCCCGAACCUACGCCCGGUCCAACAACCCGUCCUGCAAUCCCCACCACGUCCCAUCCCGAUGUCACGCCACCUAUCAGAAGGGAUGUGCCUCUUCCUCCCUCUACUCGCCGGCCCCCCAAGCAGCCAGAUAACGUGGCCCCUGACAUCUGUGAUGGGGACUUUGAUACUGUGACACUACUAAGGGGGGAGAUGUUUGUGUUCAAGGGUCGCUGGUUCUGGAGAGUGAGAAGGAACCGGGUCCUGGAUAACUAUCCCAUGCCGAUAUCUGUAUUUUGGGUUGGUCUUCCUAGCAACAUUGAUGCAGCCUAUGAACGUCAUGAUGGGAAAUUUGUCUUUUUUAAAGAUGAUCAAUACUGGGUGUUUAGAGAAGCGGAUGUACUACCAGGAUACCCUCAGCCCAUUCGGGAAUAUGGUCAGGGAGUUCCACCUCAUGGCAUCGACACAGCAGUCUGGUGGGAGCCCAAUGGAUACACCUACUUUUUCUCUGAUGACCGGUACUGGAGAUUCAACGAGGAAACCCGUAAAGCUGACCGAGACUUCCCAAAACCAAUCAGCAGAUGGGGAAAUAUCCCUCACUCGCCCAAGGGAGCUUUCCUCAGUGAUGAUGGCGCAUACACCUAUUUUUACAAGGGCACCAAUUACUGGCGCUUUGAUAACCACAAGACAGUAGCAGACAAAGGCUACCCACGCUCCAUCCUCAAGGAUUUCAUGGGCUGCGUGGGCGUCCCGGUGCCUCGGCCAGACCCGGAUGUCAAGCCAGAACCUGGGGACAAACCCACUAAGCCUUCAGAAAGAGGAAAGGACGAGCGCGAAGAAGUGAAAGACAGGGAUGAAGACACGGCAACAGAAAAGGACAGCGACGGCCCAGAGGUGGAGGAGGAUGACAAAGAAGUCAAUGUGGUGGUGACUGUGGCAGACAACGGGUCCAAGGUCAUGACGUUGAUCAUGGUGGUAAUUCCUUUGGUGCUCAUCCUGUGUAUCCUGGUCCUCAUCUACGCUAUCCUUAGAACUCUCCAGAACAAAGAGACCCCCAGGGCUCUGGUGCACUGCAAGCGCUCACUGCAGGACUGGGUGUGA